UUUUAUCUCCUCACCUCAAAAAUUUCGUCUUUUGGCUCGGCGUGAGAUUAAGGCAGCUGGCAUUGGGCUUGGUUUCUCCUUUCUCAAACAAAAUUUACAGAGGACAACACGGGAGCGGCCUAGCGUUAAAUAUAUAUAUAUACAUAUAUAUUUAUAGCCAUCUUUACUGACGGUGUCUGGAGAUUUUUAACCGAUUUUCAUUAUGGUCCGAAAAAUUUGCGUAUUAGGAGCUGGAGUUAUUGGUCUCUACUCAGCUGUACGAAUUCUUGAAGACUUACAAAAUGUUGAUGUUACAAUUAUUGCUGAAAAAUUUACUCCGAACAACACAACCGACGUGGCUGCUGGCUUCUGGAGACCCUAUAAAAUGGGCUCCACAAACCCGUCCCUAAUCAGACGUUGGGGCGAUGAAACAUUCAAGUAUCUACUCGACAUUCAUGAAUCACCAAUGGCAUCCAAGCUUGGUAUCAACCUUGUCUCCGGUUAUUGGCUUAAUAGCUCAGAGAUUGAUCCUGUCUGGAAAGACACGGUCUUCAAUUUACGGGAUCUGACUCCAGAAGAAAACAAAUUAUUUCCAAAUUACACGAAUAAUAAAUUUUUCACUAGCAUUCUAGUUUCUGCUUCUAUCUACAUGGAAUGGUUAAUGGGAAGAUUUAUUUCUCUCGGAGGAAAAGUCAAAAGCAAGAGACUAGUAGCUCUGUCAGAGGUGAUGUCUGACUUUGAUAUCGUAGUUAACUGCUGUGGUUUGGGAAAUUAUCAGUUGAAUAAUGAUCGAAAGAUGACACCGAUUCGAGGUCAAGUCAUUAGGGUAAAUGCACCAUGGAUAAAACACUUUUACUUCAGUGAUGAGGCUACUAAACCAUUAUAUAUUUUUCCUACGAAGAACUAUGUUGUUAUGGGAGGAACAGCACAAAAAGGCAACUGGGACACCACUCCAAAUGAACAGGACCAAAGACACAUAUUGGAUGGCUGUGCUCGAAUUGUGCCAAGUUUGAAGGAUGCAGAAAUUUUAGACACAAAAGUUGGACUGAGACCAUUUAGGGAACAAACCCGUCUGGACCAGCAAACUAUCACAUUUAAUGGUCGGUCUAUACAGGUCAUUAACAACUAUGGUCAUGGUGGCUGUGGUCUGACAACUUUCGUUGGUUGUGCAAAAGAUGUUGUGGCUAUGAUCAGAGAAGCUGGUGCAGCACCAUGGUACAGUGCUAGACUUUAAUGGUGUGAGUCAUGGUUGGAUUGUAUUGAAACAGCAUUGGCAAUACACACACACAUACAUAUAUACACAGGCACACAUACACACAAGCACAUGUAGAUAUACACAUACAUAGACGAACACAUAUAUACGUGGACCGUGCCCAGUCAAUUCAUCAACGGCAAUUUGUCAUUGCUUAAUGUCCCCAGUCAAUUCAUCGAGAUCAUAGGCAAAAUGGAAGAAUGAAUAUCCGAAUUAAAAAGGUUUGCUGUAUUACAUAUUUAUUUUUUCUUAAAAUUUAAGAUUGUAUGCAAUUACUUUUAGAAAAAUAAUUUUUUGGCUUGGAUCAUAUUUUUCCAUGACAUUUUUUAUGCGCAGGUUCAUAUCUCUGUAUUUUUUUUUCUUUUGGCUUGGUUCAAAAGAUCGCCUGGUACUGGCAAACCUUUCCUCACAUUUAAUUACAUCAAUAAGUUUCCAAAUAUUUCAAUAACUAAUAUUCACUGUGCUUUUCAGUGCGCUGUGAUAAGCUUCUAAACUAUUUUUAGUACAAGCAAUCCCUGUCAUGCAUCGAUCCCAAACAUUCCAUAUAGGUAAUGGAAAUGGAGGUUCAAGGCGUCACCUCCUUUGCCCUCUUCCUCUAGAUGGUCCUAUAUGAUUAUUUUCAAAAUAGGAUACUAAUGACUGAGGAAUAUCAUCAUCUACAAAUUGUUCAUAUCCAUCUACAACAUCAUCAACCGGCAGGAAGGCAAGGGCAACAAAACACCGCAUUUUUAGACUGAAACUGUCAUCUUCGUAAUAUCUACAUUUUAGUUCUUCUUGCACAACAUGCUUAAACACAUUUGCACUUUUUUUUUUUUUUUGCUCAGGUCAAACACUUUAGUUUGACCCACAUUUUGUCCUAAAUGAAAUAAGCAGCAUGCCAAAUUCAACCCAGGAAACGAGUCCAGAAAUUCGUUAUGAGCUGCUUUUUCGAAAUCCAUAAUUACAUUAUCAGGACAUUCAUUCUGCAGUAAUUCAUUUAUUUUGGCAAAACUUCUAUAUACGUGUCUUGACUUUUGUCGGAGAGCAAUACGUACAAUCGUGAGGCAUUGAAAUUGUCAGUUUGGAUGUGAAGUAUAUACAACUGAAAAAAUACACUAGAGCAACACUUAAAUGUUCCAUUUGCCGCCCAGUUCUUGCGCUGUUUUAACUGUCGAAGUGCUUCAACACUUGGAAAUAUUAGUAUUCGUUUUGAAUCUUCCCUCCCGCUGUCAUACUGUAAAAACAUUUCAUCAUUGUCAAGGUAGGAGUAUUCAUUUGGAAUGGAAAACCCAACAUUUGUAAGUGGGGUGGCAGGAGAAUUAGAAUCAACUUGCCUCCAACGUCUAAUAUUCAUAUUAAGCUGUGCAAACGGAUGUAUUAGCAACAAUGUACAGUCAUUUAAAUUCUGAACUUCACAAACAAUAAUUGAGCAAGGAGCAUCGUGAGAUGAAAUAGACUUUACUUUAAUAUUUGUAACUAUUAUCCUUGCAUUUACCUCUGCAGCAGUUAAAGCAUAGAUCCCAAUCUUCUUAAACUCCUUAUAAUUUUCAUCUGUAUGAAGUCUCACCUUGCACACACAAUUUUUGCACCUCUAGUAUUAUCUUCAAUCCAUCUGCCUUCCGCUUAUUUUUUGCAUACAUAUAAUUUUCUUGAUCAACCACUUUAAUUUUUUCCUUUCUCUGAAGUUAUGAUCCUGCAGGUAGCCAUGUUGAUGGGUAGAUGUAUUGAAUAAAUUUAAUUCAAUUUACUUGAAAAUCUUUGUUCAUAAACUAUUCAGCGCAGAUACUUGAGAGAGAGAGGCAGGGUUAAAGAAAGGAAAACAAAAUAUCUAAAACUGUCCAACGACAAUUUUAAUUCUAAAUUGAUUGUUCUAAACUUUCCCUCAAAAAUAACAUUUAAGAAUCUUUUGAGACAAAUUGGCCAGUGACGAAUUGAUCAACGACAAAUUGACAAAUUAACCAGCGACGAAGUAACCGGGGACGAAUUGUCCUAGCACCUACAUCGACACACAUAUACAUAACACACACAUGCGCUGAUGACUAGAUAUACACAUAUACUCACAAAUAUUUAGUUACCUUAACACAAUUUCCAAACAAUUAAUUUCAUUUUUAAAGACAAAAAAAAAAGACUUAGUGUUUACAUUUUUUUUCAUGCAAUUCAAAAAAUCUAAUUACAAAUUAUCAAUAAGUUACUUAUUCCUGAAUCUGUAUAUUUAGUACUGAUCUGGAUUUAAACUCUGGAACUAAAUUUCUGACCUAAGAAUGGUAACAAAGCUAAAACUUUGAUAAAUUUCAAUUGAAAUAGUAUUAUAUUUCUAACUUUUUAGUAGUUGUGAGAAAAUGGACCAUGAUGUUGGGGUGCAGCUGAUAUAUUGAAACUCUAAAAGAGGUAAUUACAGCAGUGGAUUAGCAGAAUCGUUAGAGCAAUAGAAAAAUGGUUUGUGGUGUUACUUGAGGUUUUUUAGGUUCUGCAUUCAAAACUUGCCACGGUUGACUUUACUUAUCAUUCCUCCAGAGUCUAUAAAAUAAAGUACUAAUGAAGUACUGGGGGUUGAUGCUACUGACUAACACCCUCCCCUCAAAAUUGCAAGCCUUCUGCUUAAAAUUGAAAGUAUUAAAAACUGAUAAUUUCAUUAAUUUUGUAACACUUGAUUUUGUUGUAAUGAAUUCUCUGAAUAAAUAAACAAUAUAUUGCAUUCAAAUAC